AUGGCGUACAAUCAAAGCUUCAAUCCAGACCGGCUUCCUGCCUUUGCAGAGCCAGAAAAUGCCUCUCAGAGAAAUACUAUGGUGCAAAAUGAAAGAAGUAGGCCUCCUCCGCUACCACCUCAGGAUCGUCGUCUCUCGUCAGCCAUGCCAGCCCAAUCCGGUCAUCGAUAUACAAAUUCAUACACCGGUCAAGAAUCCACUUCAUCCAGAAAAUACAGCUUGAAUCAAUCACCUAGUGAUGGGUAUAGGCCGGCAUCAAUCUCGAGGCCGCCUCCUUCACCAGCCAUUGCCCCCUCUGUAGAUCAAAAAGUACUUUGGCCAUUAUUUCAGGCAGUUGAUAGGGAUGGAAGCGGUCAGCUUUCAAAAGAUGAGCUAGGUGAGGCACUAGUGAAUGGAGACUGGUCAGCAUUUGAUCCCUAUACUGUCGAGCUGAUGAUUCGUCUUUUCGAUGCCAAUCGCUCCGGUACCAUUGGAUUCAAUGAGUUUUGCGGGCUCUGGACCUUCUUAGCUUCAUGGAGAGCGCUUUUUGAUCGCUUUGAUGUCGAUAAGAGCGGAAAUAUCAAUCGCAAGGAGUUUAUGGAUGCGUUGGUCGCAUUUGGAUAUCGUCUAAGCAGUGGUUUUGUCCAGACUCUCUUCGAUGUGCAUGAUAAAAAGCGCGAGGGAGCUAUUAGUUUCGAUAUCUUCGUUCAGAGCUGUAUUAGCCUGAAAAGAAUGACUGACAUAUUCAAGAAAUAUGAUACAGAUAGAGACGGAUUCAUUACCAUGUCAUUUGAGGAUUUUUUGACUGAAAUUAUUAGACAGAGAUAG